AUGGCCGGGCUGCAGCCCGAUAUCUAUGCAGCCAUCAGCAUCACUUGGGUCGCGGCCUUUCUGGCCCUCAGUCUGCGGCUGAAGGCGCGACGAAUGACGAAAAUGAGCCUUUGGUUCGACGAUUACUUCGCCAUAAUUUCCUUGCUCUUUGUGACAAGUUACUGUUCCGUCACGAUAUACUGGACGCAUAGCUACAAACUCGGCCAAUCCAUCCUCACGAUCGCAGACCCAACCGAAGCGAACCGUAUCCAAGACCGAUCGCGACUUUUACUCUGGAUCUGCGAACUUCUGUACGCCUCGUCGAUUGCGUUCUGCAAACUCAGCAUUCUCUGUUUUUACUGGCGCGUCUUUCAGUACACCUCAAUUCGUUACGCCAUCAUCAUCUUGCUUGUCGCCGUCAGCAUAUGGAUCACUAUUCGGACUUUCAUGGUCCUCUUUCACUGCGUGCCGAUAAGAGCAUAUUGGGAUAAGAGCAUACAAGGCGCCAAAUGCCCGUUUAACGAAGCGAAUUUCUUCUUUGCUACGAUUCUCGUACAUACGACUAUGGACUGCGUCAUCCUGAUUUUACCCGUCAUUGAAGUUAUGAAGAUGACGCUACCUUUAUCGCAAAAGCUGGCCGUUGUUGGACUUUUUACGUCUGGAACCAUAGUAUGCGUCGCGUCGAUAUUCGUUUUGGUGCAUUCGAAGUUAUAUAACCCUCGAACCGACGACAUUCCAAAAGACAUGGCAGAGAACAUGAUGUGGGCAGCCGUCGAGAUAAAUAUGGCAGUUUUCUCAGCUUGUCUCCCCAUGCUGCGACCCAUUUUUCGUCACUUUCUUCCAGGACUCUCGACAACAGAAGAGUCAGCACAAGCACCAAUCAGUUUACCAAAUGUUGUCCUACCCGGAGUAAGGCUCACCGAAACGAGGUCAAAGAAGCGGGAGUCUCGAAGGUCAGGCAUGUCUAACGGGCUGUAUGACCCGGAAUUGGGUGUUUUUCAUGGAUUUUCGGACAUAUCAAGCAUCAGGAGCGUGGCGUCUAGAUCAGAUAGUGAAUCCACGCCGAGGAGCACAUGA